GGGCGGGGCUUCCCCUUGCGGUUUUAUUGUUUGUAAUCUUGCGCGUUCCCGGAAGACGCCUCAGUUAUCGCAGCAGCAGGAGACGGAGAGGAGCGACAUGAAGCCCGCGGUGUGUGCGGCCGUCCUGGCCCUGCUCGGCGCCAUAGCGAGCCCUGGAGCCUUUGGCAGACUGACCAUCUCUGGGCCGCAGGCGCCAGUCCUGUUGGGGGAAGAUGUGACCCUGGAGUGUUUGUCCGACACCGACACUGACAUGGCAGAUUACACUUUUGAAAAAUACGUCAAAUGGAUGAGGUCCUGGGUGCAGCUCGACUCCUCCCGCUACCUGAGAUGUUGGUACUACAACGUGAACGUAAGCCGUAUCGGCGAGCGGCUGCUCAUGCACCUCAGUGACAUCACCGAGUGGCAGAACGGACCGUACCGCUGCGUGAAGACCGGCAACCAGACCGGGGAGGACGACGUGUCCGAGGAGCUGACCAUCAAACUGAUCGAUCUGAAGGAAAUCUAUCUGGAGAAGCUUCACUCGUUUUCCAGCAGUGUGCCCGAUAUCUUGUGGGCAGAGAAAGGAUCUACGGUGGAGGUGAAGUGCUCGGCCUCCUCCUCAGUGGAGCCCUUGUACGAGUGGAGCCAGGAGUUCAGCGACUGGAUUCUACCUUCUGAUACCCUCAUUCUCAAAAAUGUAAAUGAAGAAUCCGAAGGAAGGUACAUCUGCCAGGCUCGCCACCCGGAAGAGGCGGACCUGGUCAAGACGCGGUCCUUCCAGCUGCUGGUGAUGAAUAAGAGUCCUGAAGAAGUCCGAGGUGUCUUGUCCAGCCUGAGCUUUGGAGAUAUCCUCCUGUAUAUUGCCAUCCCCGGGGCCAUGCUCACUGUCCUCCUGUUUAUGCUCUUGGUUAUUAUGAUUCGUCACCGCAAUAAACAGCUGAGGAAACCACAAAUCAGCCUGGUGGAUGGUGAGAAGAGGUCCCCCAUAUAUAAAGGAAGCCUCCAGUCUGUGCACACCACCUGCUCGGACACGCAGCCCUUGGUGAUAUGAUCGGCGCCGCAGCCCGACCAUCCCGUCUUCUCAGCCGGACGGCGCCCUCCCCCACGUCAUCGCUCUGCUUCCUGUGUGCCUUUACAAUAUUGGUGGAGGGAAUUUCGAGGGACAUAAAGGAGUGGAAAUUUUUUUUGUGGUUCUUGCUAAUCGGGGAAAAUGUCCUGUAUUGAUUGAGCCGUGCACAGUAACUACCCCCCAAUCGAUGCUUAUUGCACUGGUGAUCACUGUAUCAUGGCUUCACUGCAGCGGGACAGGCACCAAAGAGUUAACACUUUUCUUCUUGCCGUUGUGGUUCAUUAAGUAUUUUUGCUUGUGUCGCCCCUCGGGGGCGUCUCGCGCUCCGGUCUACGAGGAAUGUUGCCCUUUGCCCCUCGGUUGACGGAUUGGAGGAAUUUGGCGCGUGGAGGACGUUUCCUGUCGGUGCCACUUACCGUAUUCUUAAAGGGCAGCGUUAUGUAAGGAGGCGCGAGGCGCGGAGCUGGAGGGCCUCAUUAUAGCCAAAGUUACAAGAUGAUGUAGAACUACAAUGCUCAGCAUGCCACAGGUGUUUUU